ACUACUAUGAGCAUUGCCCUUCUCAUUUUCACCGCUCUCCGGUUUCUUUUUAGAUUUUAAUCACUACCAUUUUCUCUCUCUAAAAGAUUUCGCCGACUCUUCUGUUUCUACUUUCUAUCUCUCCAUAAAUUCAUCUUAGUGUGUCCAUAACGCACCAGCUAUACGAGUGUAUUCAUUUUUGUCGAUUUUGUCUGUUACUUAGGUAACCGUUUGCAUCGGCCGCCGAUCGCCGGCUCUCGCUCCGAUCACUGCUUUUGUGCAGUAGUAUGAGCCAGUGGUAAUUGAAAUCUGAAUGCCUGUCGCAAAACUCUGCACAAGUGGGAUUGUUAAUGCAAUGAAAUCUGAGGGAGGGAAUGAUUACCUUGACACUUUUAUCAGACAAGCAAUUGGUAAGGAGCCUCUUCUCCCUUUUCCAAGAACAGGGAAUAGUCCAGUGCAGUGGAUUCAGUUGCUUCAUGCCUUAGAUCAGCCAGAUCUCCCUGGUUGGCCCUUGAUGACUCCUGUAAAAGUUCAGAUGCAGAAGUGUGAGAAGUGUCCCCGGCAAUUCUGUUCACCAAUUAACUACAGGAGGCACAUCCGAGUGCACCGUCGGUCUUUGAAUGUCAAUAAGGAAUCUCACAGAAAUAGGGAGUUAUUGGCUGAAUUUUGGGAUAAGCUGUCGCCGGAGGAAGCUAAGGAAAUAGUGUCAUUGAACGAUGUGAUGCUAAAGGAAAUUCCUGGAUCAUCAGUAAUAAGGGCUCUGACAUCCUCUCUCCAGAAACCUGGGCUUUGGACUCUUCCUCAGGCUUAUGUGAAGGCUGGCUCUACACUAUUGGACAUAGUCCAAGCCAAACCAUCCAGACUGCCAUUAUCUUCUCAGGAAUUAUUUGGCAUCCUUGAUGAUGCUAGUGAGACAACAUUCUUAUGUGGCGGCGCAUCCGAGUCUCUGCAAAAAUAUGUUUUUGAUGGAGAAGCUGCUAACAAUAGCAUGGAGUUGAAGAACUUAGUUGCUAGCACUAGCUUCCUCUUUGAACAAAAACUGGUGAAAGCAUGGGUAGCCGACAAAGAUGCAGAAGCUCUGAGAUGUCACAAGUUACUCGUCGAGGAGGAAGAAGCUGCACAGAAAAAGCAAGCAGAACUUUUGGAGAGGAAAAAGCAGAAAAAGCUUCGUCAGAAGGAACAGAAAGUGAAGGAACAAUUUUAUGAGUGCAAUGCAGACUUGGAUGUCCCUAUUGGUGCAGCAGAUGGGCUCUUGGAUGUCCCUAUUGGUGCAGCAGAUGGGCCAAUUUCGGCUGAAGGAUUUGGAUCUUCAUCUCCAUCAGAUUCUAGUUCAAAUUCAAUAGAAGCGGCUCCAAAUCUUGAUUCUUGCAUAGAACCCAUCCAGUCCAAAAGCAUUGAAUCAGAUAAAGAUAGAGAACCAAAGAUUGAUGCCAACACUGAAUGUCUUCACCAAGGCGAUUGUCAGUCCAAUGAACCACAAAUGGUGGCUGAAAAUUGCCAUCAACAUUUAGCAAACAAUCACUGGCAGGUCACGGGGUCACAAAUGGGCAACCAUGCAAGUCAAAAUCUUCAACUUUUAGAACCUGAAUUUGGACAAGCGAUCGGCCUAUCUGAAGAUCACCCUCUGCUGAAUGGAAGCAAAGUCUGGACCAAGGAACAUAAAACGGAGAAUAAUGGGGAGAGCUUGAAACCCUCAUUGUCGGGUGAAAUCUGUCACCAGAUGGAAGAAAGUAACUGCGAGGUUAUAAUUGGUUCAAUUUCUGUGACAGUGAAUAAUCCUGCUGCUCAGCAGCAACAUUGCCACCCAUAUGAUGACCAAGAUACGAGCAGGACACAGCAUGCCAUGCUUAAUAACACUUCGGAAAAGCUUUUAAAAGAAGCUGCUGCUCAGUCUGGUCCUAAUCGCAUGGCUUCUAAGCUUUGGAGGCCUGUCAGCCAUGGUGAAGCUAAACGAAUCUCAUCCAUUGAAAGACGUAACAAGGAUUCCGAAAGGGCUGUUCCGUCGGGAAAGGUGCAUGAUCGAAUCAUGUCCAGUGAAAGAUGUAUGCCAUCACAAUCCGCAGACAUUGAUGACCAUGAUGAUGUGAAGCAGAAUAAUAUACCUUGUGAUAAAAAUGAUCUGAAAGGAAAUGUUGCAUUCUCCAGUAUUGCUGCUAAAGAGUUUCUUUCGCAGAGAUGGAAGGAAGCUAUUUCAGCAGACCAUGUGAAAUUGGUCCUCUCGGUGGGCCAUGAGCCUCCUGGAUGCUCAGCUAUUCAGCACGACAAUUCAAUGGCCUCUAACAAUCCAGAUCGUCAAGAAUGCAGUGCUGUUUGCAGAAGUGGUGCUCAAGUUAAAUUCAGAACAAAGCCAGAUAAAUGUCUGAAAACUAAAUACAUAGCCAAACCAAAAGCUAUUACCUAAUUGUAGAGGAAACUAUACUCAUUUUUCGCCACCCUUCCAUUCUCAGCAGGGGUUCCAGUUUUACCAGUGCUUUUCUGUCGGGAAAUUUAAGUCUUUUCGACGGAAAUAGAUGCUCGGGGGUGGGGUUGGGAUAGAUAGAUCAUUUAGGUUCUUCAUUUUGUCCUUAGGUUAUUACUACAUGACUUGGGACAUGCAGCCUCGUUAUUCCCAUGUAUAAUUUCCCAGUAAUAAAGUUGGUGAUGUUUGUUUUGCAA